AAGCAUCACCAAAUCUGACGGACUCCAUUCGUAGCCCGUCUCCACUCCCACUGCCGACUCCGGCGACAGCCAUGGCCACUCGCCGGAGCCCAGCCACCACCGCCUACCGCCGCCUCCUCCUACUCUUCCUCCCCUUCCUGCUAAUUGCCUCGUACUUCCUCCCCUUCGCCUCCGCCUACCGCCCCGGCGACAUCGUCCCCAUGCUCCGCUCCGGCCAGUACCACGGCUCCAGGUCGGUGUGGUUCGACGUCAUCGGCCGCCACUGCCCGUCCUUCGCGGUCAACCGGGAGGUGCUGAUGCCGAUCCCCAAGCCCACGGGGUUCACUGGUGCUGAUCCGUAUAAGAUAACCUUUCAGAUUGGACACGAAAAGUUCCAUCUUCCUUGGCUGUAUGUUAUAAACCGCAAAAGCUCUCAAGUUCCAUUGAUAGAUUUUCAUUUGAAGUACACUGGAAAUGAUUUACUUGGUGUUACGGCCAAAGUGGUGGACAUGCCUCAGCAUUUUUUGGAACUUCAUCCUGACAUAAAGAAGCAUUUCUGGGAUCCACAGAACUGGCCAAAAUAUGUCCUUGUUAGUUAUACAUGGGAGGAGCAAUCAGAGAUAGAUGUUGCUGGAGGAUUCUAUAUGUUAUUUGGAUCUGGUCUCGUUCUUUCCUUCGUCCUUGCAAUCUAUGUCUUGCAAUCGUCUCAGGAGAAGUUGACAAGGUUUGUGCGGGAAGCAGUUUCUGAUAGCAGCCUACCUGAAGGAGGGAUUGCAAAGGUGGAGUGAUAUUUCCACAGGGGGGCUGUUGGCCUAUGGAGUGUUCUUACGGCUGUGUUGCAGAUGGAAACAGCGACAAAGAAGUUAUGAACUCAGCGCUGCCAUAUUUCUUGGGCCUGCUUGAACAAAAUUAACUGUUAUAACAUAUAGCAAGUGAAGGAGAGACGAAUUGUAGACUCUUCCUCUGUGUAACAGAACUGUAGGCAAACUGGAGUAUAGGCAGUUGCUAGCUCGUUAAAGUUUUGAUUUAUCACCUGCGAGAUUUGAAUGCGUAUGGAACAGUACAAGUUUCUGGUUAUUAAAUCCUCAAUAGUUCCUGCUUAAUGUA